CAGGUCAGACAACACGUUGACCGAAAUUCGGGUAUAAGUAUAAUGAACUAAAUCAUCUUGAAACUUCAGUCAAGCAAAGGUAUAUCAGAAAGAGACCAGGGAGGGGCGUUGUGGUGGUGCGGCUACCAUCCGAUUGCCGCGCGGGAUUACGCAACUUAGUCCGUCCCUGUCUCCUUAUCUACUACUGGGACAGAAACCUUUAGCUUUAUCUAUCUUCCCCAUGUUCUUCACAAUCCCCUCUCGAAACCCACACCAUGGUCCGUAGAAGAGGAGCAUCAAAUGUCUCGGCGGCAUCUUCUCUUCCUGAUGGAAACCAGGAGUUGGAGAGCAUGUAUGAUUAUCUGGCCAAGGUGAUUCUCCUUGGGCCAAGUGGUGCUGGAAAGUCCUGUGUGCUACAUCGAUUCGUGAAGAAUGAAUGGAGGGUGCUGUCAUCACCAACGAUAGGAGUCGAGUUCGCCUCGAGGAUUAUAAAACUGGGGACAGGUCCUCGGCGGACAAGAAUCAAAUUACAGCUUUGGGAUACCGCUGGCACAGAGAGAUUUCGAUCCGUCUCCCGGUCCUACUACCGUGGGGCUGCGGGGGCCAUCCUUGUCUAUGAUAUCUCGUCGCAUGCAUCAUUCGAAACUCUCCCUACUUUCUUGAUGGAUGCUCGCGCUCUCGCCUCUCCCAAUCUUACUGUUCUACUGGCUGGAAACAAGACAGAUCUUUGUGCAGAUUUCCUGCCGCAUAUGGAUCCCAGCGACGAUGGAUUGAAGCCGUCGACGCCUUCCAGCACUUGCAGCAAACAGCCCUCUUUCACACUUGAGUCGGGAAGUGGCUCAAUACGAUCUUUCAACCAUUUAGGACCGGGGACAAGAAUGACAGCGACGUCUGCACCUCGCGGUCGCGAGGUCAGUCCCGAAGAAACUUCUCGCUGGGCUGCUAAAUCAAAUAUCCCUGCUUCGGUAGAGAUCUCUGCCCUCGCUGGUGAGGGUAUAGAUGAAUUAUUCCAUCGGCUGGCCCGGAUCAUACUUACGAAAAUCGAAUUGGGUGACAUAGAUCCUGAUGAUCCUCAGAGCGGGAUUCAAUACGGCGACGCGGCUCUUUAUGGCCACACCACUAGUGACGGCUCUAGCAUCCGGAGCCAAAUGAGCAUGGAAGACGAAAUAAUCCAUUUGCACCACAAGACUCCCAGGAGAGGUGCAAUGAACUGGCGAAGCGGUGUGAGAGAGUGGGAGGAUGUUUUCCGUCCAAGUGGGCCCCGCCAUGGGAAAGACGGAGGGUGUUGCUAAUCUUUGGCUCUGCUUUUCACCCACUGAAACGCAAGCCAUUUCAUGCCCUCCUCGGGCCUUGAGCUCUGCUCUACUUUCUCUCUCUCCCUUCUUGCGGCCUUUUUAACUCAGGCGCCGCCUUAUCUGAGACAUGCCUUUAUGCAAGU